AUGUCAAACAAUUAAAUCAUAUACUAAUAGUAAGAAGAACAAAGAUCUCUCUUUUCUCAAUUGUGUGCUUGUUUGCAAAUAUUUAAAGGCAAAAAGAAACGAGGAACACAAAAUCAAUAUCAUGCAGAAAUUGACACACCCAAAUCAUCCUUUAUUGUAUUAAUAAACAAUUAAUUCUCAGUUUGGAUAAAAGAAAACUAUUGUCUUGGAUUUAGAUGAAACAUUAGUGCACAGUCAAUUUCAGCCAAUGGAUUAUUGCGAUCUUUGCUUAGAUGUACAAUUCUACUCUUACAUAAGAUUGUCGUUUAAUCAUAAAAUUUCAAAGUUUAUGUGCUUGUCCGACCUGGUGCUAAACAGUUUAUUGAUGAACUAAGCAAUUUCUAUGACAUUAUCUUAUGGACUGCAAGUCUCAAGGAAUAUGCUCAGCCUGUUAUGGACUUUGUUGAUCCAAACAAAAAGGCCAUCGACAGAUUAUUUAGAGAAAGUUGCACCAUUAUCAAAGGUGGUUUGACUAAGGAUCUGAGUAUAUUGGGUAGAGAUUUGAAAGAUAUUAUCAUUGUUGAUGUAAGUAUACCUUAAUUUCAUAUUAAGAAUUCAAUCCUAUCAUUCACAUUGAAUCCAGACAAUGGUUUCAAAGUCAGGGACUUCUUCUAUGAUAAAUCAGAUAGAGAACUUGAGUUCAUUCUCCCAUUUUUGGUCUGGAUCUCAUAAGUAAUCUUAAUUAAAAUUAAAUAAGCUUCCUGAUGUGAGACCAGUGGCUAUAUAAUAUCAGUAAUUUAUAAAUUCAUCUCCUGAAUAGUUAAAUCAACGAAGGAAUGGCAGCAUUGUGCCACUUGAUCAACAAAAGUUUUCAAGUCUCUCCAGAUCUUUCACUAUUCAAAGGGAAAAACUCAAGAAACCUUCCGUAAUUAGAACUUUAACACUAUCUCAAAAUGACGAAGAGGAAUUUGAUGAAAUUGCAAUCAAAAAACAAAUCAAAUCAGGAGUCAUCUCAAAAUAGGAUCAAGCCAAUGAAAGCGAAAAGGAGACAUUUGAAAUUGGCAAUUGA